CCGUGGGUUCAAGAGACUGUAGGCGCUUGGGGAGAGAUGACAGGGGGGCGAUUGGGAAGUCUGAUCCGGCGGGGCAAAGCCUCAACGCUGAUCUCCCAGCUCAAGAAUUCUUCUCCCAGGGUUCCUUAUGGAGGCUCCUCCUCCCCCGCUCUUCCGCCCCCUCCGCGAUUCGGCGGUUCGGGAUCUCACCGAGAAGGCUUUCUUGCCAGAUUCGCCUCGUUCUACGGGUUCAAAUCCAUGCCCAAGAGUCUAUAUGGGCAAUCUUCAAGAAAUAUGUCCACCUCUAUUCCACUGGCAAGUUCCAGUAAAAUGGAUUUAUCAAAUUCAGGUUUGAGAUUGCUUGUCACUAAAGGACCUCAUGCUCAGAAGGUGGUUGGAAUAUGGCUUUUUGGUUGUGCUGCUUGGGUGUUUAGUUUAGUUGUACUAGGUGGUGUGACACGUCUCACUCGUUCUGGUCUAUCCAUGACUGACUGGAAGUUCACUGGAGGACUACCUCCCUUGUCUGAGGAUCAGUGGUUGCUUGAAUUUGAGAAGUAUCAGCAGUCACCAGAGUACAAGCGAGUGAACAAAGGGAUGACUCUUGAAGAUUUCAAAUUCAUUUACUGGAUGGAGUAUGCACACCGGAUGUGGGGGAGGGGUUUGGGGAUGGUGUUUGCCUUCCCAUUUAUGUACUUUCUUGCAAAGGGUUUUAUUACCCGGCAACUAGGACUCAGACUCUCGGCACUUUUUGCAAUUGGUGGUGCACAAGGGCUAGUUGGCUGGUGGAUGGUCAAAAGUGGACUAGAGGAACCUCCAUCAGAGUAUGUUCAGCCUAGGGUUAGCCCCUAUCGUCUUGCAACUCAUCUUACGUCUGCAUUCGUUAUUUACUGUGGUAUUCUGUGGACUGCAUUAUCUGUAGUUAUGCCAGAACCACCAAGUGGAACAUUAGAAUGGAUUCGUGGAGCAGCUAGAGUUCAGAAAUGGGCUGUUCCUGUUAGUCUCCUCGUUGGCAUGACAGCCAUCUCUGGAGCUUUCGUAGCAGGCAAUGAUGCGGGACAUGCAUAUAACACAUUUCCCAAAAUGGGUGAUUCAUGGAUCCCGGAAGAUAUUUUUGACAUGGAUCCACUUAUUCGUAAUUUUUUCGAGAAUACAUCAAUGGUUCAGCUCAAUCAUCGUAUCCUUGCAACGGCAACACUUGCAUCAAUUGGUGGAUUGUGGUUUGCUGCAAGAAAAGUGAACAUUCAUCCAGCUGUGCAAUCUUUAAUUGGAAGUACCUUGGGGAUGGCAGCACUUCAGGUAACGGUGGGGAUCACGACGCUUCUCACGUAUGUUCCAGUGUCUCUGGCAUCAGCACACCAAGCAGGGGCACUCACCCUGUUGACGCUUAUGAUCAUCCUGACGCACACGCUGAGGAGGCCCUCUCCAGCCCUUCUCAAGUCCCUCACUUCCAUCCGAAAGAUGAAGAGUUAGUUAAUGCGGGGGGCUGAUAUUUCUACUCGAUGUGAUUGUCUUUUCGACCGCUGACUGAUAUUUGUCGUCUCCAUUGCGGUUGUAUUUUUAGUUCUACUCGAUGCCAAGUGAAAGUUUUUGGGUUAUUAAAAUUAUUUACAUGUG